CUGUAACCAGUGGACAAUCACACAGUUAUCGACCGUGUACAGUAUAGUAGGCUACUGCUAUACACAGGACCUCUGAUAACUCAGGAGCAUCAACACACAUUGCUUUUCAUGGUUUCCUUGGAAUAUGAAGAGAAGAAUAUUUUACGUUGUAUUUUGUGAGAGCUGUCAUGCAGAUUGCCAAACUAAUUAUACAAUCAACCGACCAUAGUGUAAAUGUGUUAGUGGAUGUAUUUAGACAAUGUCGACGAUGGAUGUAAUGUACAGAAUUAAUAUGAUUUGUUUUGCUUUGUCGUGGUGAUGCCAGGAGUUCAGGAGUUCACUGCACAAAGCUGAAAUCGACUGUGGCUGCAGAAAGAAAGGUCCCUGAUGUUUUCAGACUUCCCCAAUGGCCCUGUUCAGUGGAGUUGGCAGCUCUCUAAAUGUGACAGAUCUUUUUUUGAGGCUGGAUAACUCAACAGAAGAUCAGGAUGCCGACCAUCAUCCUAACUACUAUGCAAUGUUGUAUUCGGUCCUGAUCUUCGCAAUCAUCUUUGGGAAUGUGCUUGUGUGUCUGGCUGUGCUUCGAGAGAAGAGUCUGCAGACCACCACCAACUACCUGGUCGUGAGUCUAGCUGUUGCAGACCUGCUGGUGGCAUCUCUGGUCAUGCCAUGGGUGGUUUAUCUAGAAGUUGUUGGAGGGGCCUGGAUGUUCAGUCGAAUGUAUUGUGAUGUUUUUGUGACACUGGAUGUGAUGAUGUGCACAGCCAGCAUUUUAAACCUCUGUGCUAUCAGCAUUGACAGAUACACUGCGGUGGUCAUGCCUGUUCUCUAUAACACCACGCACAGCUCCAAGAAGCGAGUCACGCUAAUGAUAACUGCAGUGUGGGUACUAGCCUUUGUCGUCUCUUGUCCCCUUCUCUUUGGCUUUAAUACCACAGAGCAUCCUAAUAUUUGUUCCAUAUCGAACCCGGAAUUUGUCAUCUACUCCUCGGUCGUGUCUUUCUAUCUUCCCUUCAUUGUAACUCUCCUGGUUUACAUCCGGAUUUACGUGUUUCUCAGGAAGAGAAGGAAGCGCAUUGCUUUUAGGCAGGCCAGUGGAAAACUCAAAUCGGGAGGCUAUCACCGACCACCGGGAGUCAAGAACUCUAUAUCCAAAGAAGAGAUGGGUCUGUCUCCUAUACAAAUUAAAGUGGUAACGGAGAACACUGAGGAACCUGUGCAUGUCAACCUUCACUCCAUCACCUCCUGUCUGAAGCUCAAAAAGCAGAAGGCAGUUCCCUCUGAGAAUAACUUGCUGGCCCCAGUAGACUUGCAGAAUGACUGCAGCGUCAGCCACGCCUCCUUCGCCAGAACGGAGAACGAGGUAGACGGGGAGGGAGAGAUGAGGGAGACCAUCAGCCAGCUGCCCAAGAGGUCCUCUGAAGUGAAGAACCUUCCCAGCGGUAAAACCCGGAUAGCCCUGUGGCCUGUGCCAAAGCAAAGGAACAGGCAGGUCAGAGAGAGGAAAGCCACGCAGAUGCUGGCCAUUGUUCUAGGCAUCUUCUUGAUAUGCUGGCUCCCGUUCUUUGUAACGCACAUAGUGAACACUCACUGCAAGCAAUGUUAUGUACCCCCCGAAGUCUACAGUGCCACCACCUGGCUGGGGUAUGUCAACAGCGCCCUCAAUCCUGUGAUCUAUACAACGUUCAACAUUGAGUUUCGAAGAGCGUUUAUCAAGAUCCUUAGCUGCUAGUGGUUCCUACGCAGACAUGGAGUCUUUGACUUGUGUCAUCUUUUGCUCUAUAACAUAAUAAGAAGCCGAUUCUAAAUGUAUGUGAGUUGCGAGGUACACACUGUUUUUCAUGCUUUAAAAAAAAGAAUAUUUCCUCAUCUGGCUUGUCAAUGAUGCAGCUUUAUGGUAAACAAAUGGUUGAAAUGUAAAAACAGUGAAGCAACUGUCAAAAAAGUAUUACACACACUGGGAUCAUAUUGCAAUUUUAGAAUUGAUUUCUGAAUUUGUCACUUAGUCAUUCUCAGAUUUUCUGCUUUCUGACCAUCGCUUGCUGUUCUGAUUUAAUUGUACAAGUCUGUUUACUGAAGAUCAUCCCAGGAUCUGGCACACAGAAUGGAAGCUUACAUUUUACAGCUGAGCACUCCCGUCUCAGCUGCUAAAAGGAAAACAGUCGUCUGUUAUGCUUGCAACGAGGACGUUUUAAUGCUGGUUCGUUGAGUGUAGUGUAAGUGGAAAUGGAGCCGGAACCAGCUUUACAACUCAGUCCAUAUCUCCAGUACUUACAUUGACUUAUUUUUAUUGGGUAUUAUUAGCCAAAGAUUACAUAUAAAACUGUGUACUGCAAGUUGUUUGUCUGUAGAAAAGGAUAGGCAUAGAACUGAGGUUCCAUGUGUCAAGGUAUCAAACCCUUCCAAGCAGUAUUUAUGGAGAAAGGACCUCUCUGUCACAGCACUGCAGAAACUUCAAAAAAAAAAUUCCUGGGUUUAAAAAAAUGUGUAUCAAGUCAUUUUUUAAAAAGCAGUGUGCUGAGAUGCGCUGCCAUGACUGAUUCUGAUCCCUGACAGUAAGGUAAGGUUAAAAGAUCUAUAUGGUCAUGCAAACGAGCCCAGUUCUUUUGUAUAGUGGUUAUGUGCUUAAUGGGGUGCAUAUGGCCAUCUGCGCCCUGUUACACUUGACUUAUGGUUACAGUUGUUGAAAGCUAGGCACAUUUAAUACCUUUAAAGAAGAUUCAUGUUCAAGUUGGUUGUGUUGUUUUUGUUAUGUGCUAUGAAAAGAUCUUAAGGAAGCAUAUUUAUUUAUGUAUGUAUGUAUGUAUGUAUGUAUGUAUGUAUGUAUGUAUGUAUGUAUGUAUUUAUUUAUUUAUUUGAUGAUGAUUUAGUAAACAACAUGUUAUUGUAUCACUAUAUUGAUAUUGUGUCCCUUAUGCUCUCAAUUCGUUUAGUGUUU